AUGGCGAAGGAUACACCAGAUACGUUCUUUCGGAUGCGACGUGCGUCGCACAGUGGCGCCGGCCACCCGCCGGCCGCCCCGGGCACCACCCAGGAGCCGCUGAUCGUGGUGGAGGAAUCGGAGACGUGCGAGAAGGCGGACGAGACGAGCGCCCAGUCGUCGCAGCGCCAGAGCCUGGACAUUGACUCGCCGGAGAACCCGUACCUGCUGUCGCCGUGGCGGGAGGCGCGCGAAACCCGCAAGCACUCGCUGCCGACGCCGCCCUGCACGAGCGGCAUCACCGCCAGCCAGGUCCGGCGGCUGUCGGAGCGCGGCGGCGAGGGCUCCGGCCCGUCGCCCCGCGAGCAAGCGUUCCUGGCUACGCUCUGCAGCACGCCGGCCCCGCAGCCCGGCGGUCGGCGCCACUCGGUCGUCACCAUUAGCCGCGUGCCGCCGACCAUGUUCGGGCGGAGCCGCCGCGAGUCGAUCGCCGCCGUGCCCACCGGCCAGCGCCCGGGGACGGGGCACUCGCGGCGCGAAAGCGGCAGCGGCCCGCCCCCGUCGACGGAUCACCGCGGUAGCGUCCACAACCUGCAGCUGGACAUCAUGGAUGACAUCGUGCAGGCGCGGAAGGCGCGCAUGAAGCUGUGGAACACGAGCAACGAGCGGGUGUGCGAGGUGCAAACGCUGGACGAGGCCGGCACCGGGUCGAGCUCGCCGAUGCGCUACACCAACCGGCGCUACUCGGACUUUGUCGGCACGGCGCUGCCCCCGAUCCAGUCGUUCCGCCGUGCGUCCGAGUUGCCGGUGUCCCCGCUAGCCGAGCCUCCCGAGGCCACCGGGGCCACCGGCAAGCCCGCGAAGAUGGGCAUCGUCUGCACCAACACCGACCUGAUCUCGCUCCUGUCAUCGCUCGCGUCCUCGGCCACCGAGAUCAAUCGGUGCGGCGAGAAGGACUCGUCGCCGGCGUCGACGUCGGCGUCGGCCUCGGGACAGGCAGCAGCACCACCACCGCCCGGGGGCCAACCGCUACGUCCGUUUCCGUCGCUCAAGUCACUUCUGAAGGUACCGCCGGCAACGGGUGGCACCAGCGCGCAGGAGCCGCCGGGUGACAAGCUGCGGUGCAAGAACCGGUCCAACAGCUUCGACAGCUCGCUGUACCACAGCAUCAAGCAGCUGGCCACGGGUGGCGGCGGGGCGGUCUCGCCGGGCGGCACGGACCCCGCGGAGCGGCCAACGGUCGAGGCGGGCUGGUUCACCAAGCGCCACCAGCCGAUCGGGGCGCGCCGCAAGUCCGCGUCCCAGACCGCGGCCGGAUUCGCCGGCGAAGCCUUCGAGCGGUUGCGGCGCGAGUCACGCGGUCUCCUCGAGGCGGCCACCGUCGGCGCAUCCUCGACCGCCAAGAGCACUGCAGCGGCCGCAGCCGCAGCCACCGCGCCCUCCGAGCCGCGUCCAGCGCACCCGCCGAAGCCGACGGGAUCGCACCGGUCGCCGCUCAACAAGCUCAAGUGGGACGGCCGGAGCGCCAUCGUGGACGCGCGCAUGAUCGGGCACGCCAUAGAGAACUUCAUCACCGGCUCCGGGUCGUCGUCGUCGGCACCGUCGCCGUCCGGUUCCGGCGGUGCGUCGAAGAAGGGGGACUCUGCUGCGGCGGCCAAAAAGUCGAGCGGCGCCGGUGCCAGCUCGACCACUGGUGCUGGGAACUGGUUCGGAAAGACUGCCGCCGACGACGAGGAAUCGGCCGAUACGUGCGAUUCAUCGCUUUGCUCCACCCUCAAGGAUCUGUUCGUCAAGUAA